AUGGUCCUACCAAACCUCUUCAGGAGCUCAGAUGAAAAUACCAGAACAUCAUGGGGCUACAGCUUUCAGUGGACGGAAGAUCAUUUGACACCCGAAAAGAUGGAGCCCAUGAAAUAUACCUACGAUAGGCUAGGAGAUGAAUGUCUAAAACGAUUAAAUGAGAUCUCGCCACCCCCGCAAAAGGCUCUGCCUCGUACCAACGAGCGACUUGCCCAGAAAGACGUUGGCGGCAUGGAGAAACCUAAAAGAGACCUUUAUGUGCUCCUCAGGGAUAAUGCAGAUAAGGACGGGAAAUUGGCAGCACUUUGGAAUCAAGUGAAUACCACCCCUGGCUGGGUGGAUUGGGAUCAGAUAGAGAGGGGUCAGGAUGUCUUUUAUCGAUAUGGAAUUCCAGCUCUGAAUGCACUGGGUUUCCAAAGUUUGCUGGGAGGAAUGGGCGUUGGACGCAUCGUUGAGACUCUCGCGCGUACAGGUGGAUUUUCAGCAAAGAUUGCUCGACGGAGAAUGUUCGAAACGACCCAAUUUGUUUUUCAAGUAACCAUGUCUCUCAAGGACAUCCAGCCAGGGGGGGAUGGCUUUGCCUCUGCGAUUAGAGUUCGACUGCUCCAUGCAGCGGUCCGAGAGCGGAUCCUCAAACUUGCCGAAGCAAGACCGGAAUAUUAUAGAGUAGAGAAACUCGGGAUCCCAGUCAACGACCUCGACUGCAUCGGUACGAUCGCGUCCUUCUCCACCCUUCCCAUCUGGCUCAGCUUGCCCCGUCAAGGCAUUUUUCUCCGCGACCAGGAAGUUGUUGAUUACAUUGCGUUCUGGCGCCUGAUUGCGUACUACCUUGGUAUGCCAGCGGAACCCUUUGAAACUCCGCAAAAGGCGCGGGCCGCACUUGAAUCCAUUCUUCUAUAUGAAAUCAAGCCGACGAAGAUGAGCAGGAUACUGGCGAGCAAUAUUAUUACCAGUCUAGAGAACACCCCUCCCGCCUGGGGAAGCCGUGGAUUCCUGGAGGCUAUUACGCGCUGGCUAAAUGGCAAAGAGCUUUCUGACCAGCUUGGUAUUGGGAACUCCGGAUAUUACUACUAUGGCUUGGUAAUCGGAUACUGUGCCGUUGUUAGUCUCUGGAGUUAUUUUAACAGGGCUUUCCCAUUUUUUGACAGGAGACACAUUGCAAGAACGCGUCGCAGUUUCUGGAAAAUUAUCCUUGACGAAAAGAUCGGGCUCGGUAAAGAAGCCAAAUUCGACUUCAAGUACAUGCCUAGUUACGACCUAACCACUGAAACAGGUGCUAAGGCGGAGCGCACGAGGUCAACCAUGGGAAUCGAAUUGCUGGGCUAUUUGGGUCUGGCGGGGGCCAUGGCCGUGACGGCCGCAAUGGGAAUUGUUGGUUAUGCGACUUACCUGAUGAGACAUGGAAGAUGA